CAAAUACCAAACACCACUCCUACAAAAUAUGCCAACCUCUCUCUCUCUCUCUCCCUCCCUCCUGAUCGACCCUCUCUCUCUCUAACUUGGAACCUGACUCAGUGACCGAGUGGCACGGAAUGGGUCAGGAAUCGUUCAUAUACAGCUUCGUGGCACGGGGCACAGUGAUACUUGCGGAGUACACAGAGUUCACUGGGAACUUUCCGGCCAUCGCGACUCAGUGCCUCCAGAGACUUCCCUCAUCGAACAACAAGUUCACCUAUAACUGUGAUCACCACACUUUUAACUUCUUAGUCGAGGAUGGUUAUGCUUAUUGUGUUGUUGCCAAAGAUUCUGUUGGAAAGCAGAUUUCUAUUGCAUUUUUGGAACGUAUGAAAGCAGAUUUCAAGAAAAGAUAUGGUGGCGGUAAAGCAGAUACAGCUGUUGCCAAAAGUCUCAAUAAGGAGUUUGGGCCACUUAUGAAAGAGCACAUGCAGUAUAUAAUAGACCAUGCUGACGAGAUUGAGAAGCUUUUGAAAGUGAAGGCCCAAGUUUCAGAAGUUAAAAGUAUCAUGUUGGAGAAUAUAGACAAGGCUAUUGAGAGAGGGGAAAACCUAACUAUUCUUAACAACAAGGCUGAAGAUCUGCGUGAUUCGGCCCAAGAAUUCAAGAAAAAAGGGACGCAUAUCCGACGGAAGAUGUGGUAUCAGAAUAUGAAAAUAAAGUUGGUUGUUCUAGGAAUCCUUCUGCUUCUCGUUCUCAUUAUUUGGGUUUCAAUUUGCCAUGGGUUUGAUUGCACCAACUAGCAUGUCUUCAGCACACAAGUGGAUCAACUUCAGUUCAAUUGUGUAUACACAGAAGCCUCCAUUGAAGAGCUUGAGUUCCGCAGAGGGGUCACUGCACUCUUUCUGCAAGUUUGUUUUUGAAAAUCUCCAAGCAGUUACUAAGUGUUUACUUUACUCAUCCUGAUAGCCCAAGUUUCUAAUUUGCAUCUCAGUGGACUCCUGAAAUUGUUCUAUGCUUCAACUAGAGCCUGUAUUGAUUCAGUCUCAUUGCCCAAGUCUGUAUUGGAAAAUCAGAGUGAAGUCAUGGAGAAAGAAGAGAAGAAAAGAUUUCUUGUGUACUGCUCUAUCAUGCAUCGAAAGGUUUUUUGUGCUGUACACCUCAUUGCGAAAGACCAACCUCUGCUAUACACCACGUUGAGAAAGUACUCUUUUAAGAUCUCGGGUUCUUAUUAUUUGUACAUUUUAAGGCCACAGAUUCACUAAUUGGUGCAAUAGUUUGUGUGCUAAACAGAAAUUUGAACAUGGUUUGUUCCUCUAAGAGAUGGCUGAAUCUGUAAGGGAGGAUUUCG